AUGGGCAAGACCGUUGGGCGCGGAGGGAAGUCCACAAUUCUCUCCUACGCUGCACGUGCGGCCAAAGACAAGAAGCGUCGACCGAGACGUGUUGACUGGACGGUAUCCAAAUCGCGCAAAAAGUUUCGGAUGGAUCGGCGUGCGCCAGUGCGGGACUCGAAGCGCUGCUAUCACGCGGCGACGAUGAAGGUCUGCGAGAGGGGGAACUUUCUUCUUGCUGCCGACGCAGCUCCGAUUGGCCGCGUAGCGAAGACGCCGCUUGAGCUGCUAGAUGAGGAGGGGGAGGAAGCUGCCGACGCAGAGGUUGGAGAGACAGCGAGCCUGGAGACCUAUUUCGACGGGGUCUCGGAGGGAGCUGCGGCACUUACUUGUGCUAAUGAGGCACGUGUAGCACUCCCAGAGAACGUUGGCUGGCGCGUCCCUCAUCUCUCAGGACGCUCAAGCGCACGGAAAACCUGUUGUUAUCGACUUAACCAGUGA